UUAAGGUGUGCACAAACUACAAAAAUAAGUGAAAGGCAACAAAUACAUACAUUUAUCUCUUUAAUAUAAUUGCAACAUCUGUUGAUACCCAUAAUUCCCGAUACAGUCUGGAUUUAUUGAGGCUUCUCCUGGGUUUACGUGAUAGAUUCAUGAUGAUUUGAUCAGCCCAUUCUUCUCUACCUGAAUGCAUGGUAAAUAUAGCCACGGUUUCGAACGCCGUCGUGAUGUCACUCAGUGGACUUUAGGUGCCCCCUCAGGAUGCCUGAGUAGAUGCGCUCGCCGCCAAUAAGCGUCUCCGGUGUGAAUGUCCUUCAUUUCUCUGGUUGCCUAGAGAACUUGCCAUCACGGAUCCCAAUUUGGAUGUGAAAAGGGGAAGAGAAGCGCCUCUCCGGUUCGCCGCUGCCCCUCAAUCGCGUGACAUUCUGGAGCGUCUAAAAGCGCUUUAACUGCGCGCGACAUGGAGUGCCGAGUUCUGUCGAUCCAGAGUCACGUCGUGAGAGGAUACGUGGGAAAUAAAUCCGCGUCCUUCCCGUUACAGGUCUUGGGGUUUGAGGUGGACUCGAUCAACUCUGUUCAGUUCUCCAAUCACACAGGGUACUCUUACUGGAAGGGACAUGUCUUGGCUGCAGAUGAGCUUCAUGUCCUGUAUGAAGGGAUCAAACUCAACAACGUCAACCACUACGACUAUGUACUUACAGGUUACAAUAGAGAUACAUCGUUUCUGGAGAUGGUCGUUGACAUUGUUCAAGAGCUGAAGAGGGCCAAUCCUAACCUUGUAUAUGUUUGUGAUCCUGUCUUAGGUGACCAUGGUUCAAUGUAUGUUCCUCAGAAUCUCCAUCCUGUGUAUAAGAAUAAAGUGGUGCCUGUGGCCGAUAUCAUCACACCCAACCAGUUUGAGGCUGAGUUGUUGACAGGGAAGAAUAUCAGCACAGAGAAAGACGCUGUUGAGGUGAUGGACCUGCUGCAUAAGAUGGGUCCAGACACCGUGGUCAUCACCAGCUCUGAUCUGCCCCCUCGUCUCGGAGACAGAUUCCUGGUGUCUUUCGGCAGUCAGCGCAUUUUGAUGCCGGACGGUUCAAGGAAGACCCAGCGGAUCCGAAUAGAGGUGCCGAAGGUGGACGCCGUGUUCGUGGGGACCGGUGAUCUGUUUGCUGCUAUGCUGUUGGCCUGGACUCACCAUUACCCAACAGACCUGAAAACAGCAUGUGAGAAGACGUUCUCCGUCAUGCACCAUGUCAUUCAGAGGACUAUAUCUUAUGCCCAUGAGAUGGCAGGUCCUGGUAGAAGACCGAGCCCUUCCCAGCUGGAGUUACGGAUGGUCCAGAGUAAAGCUGACAUCGAGGAUCCAGCCAUAGUCAUUGAGGCCACUGUUAUAUAGAGCCGCCACAUGCCACAUCUCAUCCACACAUCUCACCCUCCGCUCACAACUGCACAAUGUAUAGAUGUUGUACAUUUUGAUAUGUAAUGUGACAUUGCCUUAGAAUCUCAGCUAGAGCACAACAGUUCCAUUUGAAGAGAUUCAGCAGGGUACAGCCAAACAAGCGAGAGGGAG